AUGGAUCUCGACAACUACCCUCCUCCCGAUCUCUCAUGGUCUAACAUCAAGCACUACCUGGGCACUCGAAUCUCCACCCUGAAGCCCCCGAAGCUCACUGAGGCUGAGAAGAAACACAUGAACCCCAUCCCUGCCCUGCGACUGCUCAACAAGAAGCAGUGGCUGUUCGUGGGUGUGGCUCUUGCCGGCUGGACUUGGGACGCCUUUGACUUCUUCUCCGUCGGUGUGGUCGCUACGCAGAUCGCCGAGGACCUGAAUGUCACAGUCAAGGAUGUCACCUGGGGUAUCACUCUGGUGCUCAUGCUGCGAGCUGUUGGUGCUGUUCUGUUUGGUGUGGCCUCGGACCGAUAUGGUCGAAAAUGGCCCUUUAUCUUCAACAACUUUCUCUUUGUCGUCCUGGAACUCGGAACCGGUUUCGUGCAGACCUACCAGCAGUUCCUGGGAGUCCGAGCUCUGUUUGGUAUCGCUAUGGGUGGUCUCUACGGUAACGCUGCUGCCACUGCUCUUGAAGACUGCCCUCCUGAAGCCCGAGGUUUUAUUUCUGGUCUCUUCCAGAAGGGUUACGGUGUAGGAUACUUGCUCUGUGUCGUUUUUGCUCGUGCUAUUGCUGAUACUUCUCCUUACGGCUGGAGAGCUCUGUUCUGGUUCGGAGCCUGUCCUCCCGUGCUCAUCAUGAUCUUCCGAUUCUUCCUUCCCGAAACCGACACUUACAUCCAGUCAAAGAAGAACGCCGAGGCCGAAGGAGUUGAGAAACAAUUCUGGCAGGGAGUCAAGACCACCUUUAAGUCGUACUGGCUCAUGUUCUUCUACCUGGUUCUCUUCAUGACCGGCUUCAACUUCCUUUCCCAUGGCUCUCAGGACCUCUACCCCACCAUGCUGCGAGCUCAGCUGGGCUUCGACAAGGAUCAGUUUACCAUCACUAACUCUGUUGCUUCUCUGGGCUCCAUCUUCGGUGGAAUGGUCAUUGGUCACGCGUCUUUUAUUCUCGGCCGACGUCUUACUAUUCUUCUGGCUUGUAUCCUCGGUGCUGCCUGCAUCUACCCAUGGGCCUUUGUCACUGGUCCCGGUAUCAAUGCCGGAGUCUUCUUCCUGCAGUUCUUUGCCCAGGGAGCUUGGGGAGUCGUUCCCAUCCAUCUCACCGAACUGUCUCCCCCUGCCCUUCGAUCUUCCAUGAUUGGUAUUGCCUACCAGCUCGGUAACCUGGCCUCUUCCGGUUCUUCUACCAUCCAGGCCACUAUCGGUACCCAGUUCCCUCUGAGAGACGAGAACGGAAAGAUCCGACCCGGUGUCUACAACUACUCGCUUGUCAUGGCCAUCUUCAUUGCGUGUGUCUUUGUCUUCCUCUUUGUCGUCACCCUGCUUGGUCCUGAGCGACGACACGCUGAAAUGAUUGCUGGUGGUGCUGGACACCGAUCCGAGUCUGACGAAAAGAUCUACGACGAAGAGAAGGGAGCUGCUGUCAAUGUUGAACAAGUGGAAUCGCCUGCUAGCACUCCUGAACGUUCUGCUAGCCCGUUGCCGACCACAGAGGUCAACCACACCUCUGAGACCCUCCCCGGAUCCCAAAAGUGA